GAAAAAUAUGCGCGUAACGCGAAAGGGUAAAUAGCGAUCGGCACUCCGUCGUGUCUAAAAAUUGUGCGUUAUCGAAAGUUCAAAGGUGCGAUCGCGCUUUACCGAGUGGUUCAAUCGACGCGUCGAUCAAAAAGUGCACGUAUGCGUGUGGUUGUUACAUAAAAAAAAAAAGGGAAGAAAAAUAAGUGAUCGUAGUUAAGUUGAUCAUCGCGAGUGUAAAAAUAAAAUAAAAAACAAGUGUCGUUCGCAUAAUCGAGAAAGCUCUGCACGUAAAAAAUCGUCGUUGGACUUGAAAAUUGAAUAGAAAGCCUCGUGUGAUAUAAAAUAAUAAAAAAUGGAGGGACAGCAGCAGUUCUGCCUGCGCUGGCACAACUUCCAGAACACGCUGCUGAGCUCGCUGCCCAAGCUCCUCGACGGCGGUUACCUGACGGACGUCACCCUCAGCGCCGGCGGCCGACACGUGCACGCCCACCGCCUCAUACUCUCCGCCUGCAGCUACUACUUCAAAGAAUUGUUCAAAGACAUGAACAGUCUGCAGCACCCAGUGAUCGUGCUGCCGGGCAUGGAGUACGCGAAUCUCUGCGCCCUCGUCACCUUCAUGUACAACGGCGAGGUGAACAUCUACCAGGAGCAGCUGCCGGCGCUCCUCGCCAUGGCCGACGCGCUACACAUUCGCGGCUUGGCCGACAUCGCGGGGAAAGCAUCGAGAUACGAAAAUAACCAGACGCUCGAGCACCCAGGCAUCCACGAAGAGAACUCCGGCAAAAGUUUUCACCACCGGUCGUCAUCGGAAAAAUUCGAUUUGCACCACCAUCAACACCAGCACCACAGUAGCGUCUCGAAAAACGACUCGAGCAAUAACAAGGACCACGACGACAUGACGCAGGCCGAUAUGCUGCAACAGCACGAGUCGUCGUCGAUCGCGGAGACGAUGUCCUCGGCGGAUUUCCCCGGCGUCGAGGGACUCGAACGACACAUGCACCCCGACGCCGUGCACGAGUCCGAUUCCAAUUCCAAUGCCCUGAGCGAGAUCGGCAACGAACUGCUGCCCUACAGUUUGAAGAUCAAGCCCUACUAUUCCAUCAACGCGAAGCUCAACCAGCGGGAGAGAAGAGCGACGAGUUUCAAGCUCGAGGCUGCGGCGGCGGCGGCGGCUGCUGCUGCCGCUGCUGCUGCGGCAUCGCACUGCCAUCCGCUGAUCCUGAAGGAAGAGCUGCUGGACAACGCCAAAACGUCGGUGCUCGCUGCCGAUCCGAAUUACAAAUCGUUCAUCGCGUCGGCGGUGGCGACGACGGCGGGGUCAGUGGCACAGCAGCAGCCGCCACCGCCACCACCGCCUCCGCCACAGAUGCCAGUAGCUGCGGCUCCGGCUCCAGCGUCGUCGUCGGCCCCGGCGAGCAGUCGAGCCUCCGGCGGCGGCUGCAACAAGACCAGCGUCACUUGCCUCAUAUGCGGCAAGCAGCUGAGCAAUCAGUACAAUUUGCGGGUGCACAUGGAGACGCACAGCAACAGCUCGUACAGCUGCGUCGCCUGCUCCCACGUGUCUCGCUCGCGAGACGCCCUGAGGAAGCACGUGUCCUAUCGGCAUCCGCCCGUCAAUUCCCAGCAGAAGAGGGCCAAGUAUCACAAUGCGACGACGGCGGCGGCGGCGGCGUCGGCAGCGACGUCCACGAGCACAACGGCGGCGGCGACAACGACGCCGACGACGACGAGCAAACCCUAGUAGUAGUGGGACG